GUUCCGAACACGUCACGAGUUCACCCGUCGGUCGGGUGGACCGGUUUGCUGAACACCGGUGUUUCGGGAUGGCUUGGUCGGCGUGUUUGGGAGGAGCUCCAAGGGGCGUCCUUGCGGUGCUUUUGCUUGGCUGCGCCAGCGCAGACAGUGGUGACAUCAUCAAGAAGGUCGUGAACACGCCCUGGUGGCCUGCAGGGAGCGAGAAGACGGCAGAAAGUGUGGGGAUCAUAUCCCAUGGCUUCGUUUACAUGACCGCCAUGAUGGAACUGAACGAGACGCUCGAGAAGACCAUGCUCCAAGAGACCUGGGACGUGCGCGACAUCGCUUUUGCGGCGGGUGCGAAUCUCUCCGAUCUCGUGGAUUGCCUCGUGAAUGCGCCCAAAGGUCAGGGCGAGACGGUGAGAGCGGCGCUGAUGUCUGUCCUACCAGCGUCGGUGCGUGCCUCGCCACCCGCCUUGACGGUCGUUGAAAUGCCUGGCGAGUAUCAGUUCGUGGGGAACUCCAUCGCCUGCGUGGCCAACAUUCCGGAUGGCAAGAGCGCUCGACAGAGCUGGAGGCAUAAAGGUAUCUACGCAGUGUCAGCCAGAGGGCUGAUGUUUCUGGAGGGGAGCCUGGCCAGUUCUGACUGUGAAGGAGAUGCCUUUCAUGAAACGGAGGAUAUCGCCCGGCGGAUGCUGGAGACCAGUGGUAACGACUCAACCCUGGUCGAUUGCACUGCAUUUGUGGCCCAAAUCUCGGAGGCGUCGGAGGUCCGACGAGCUAUCAAGGAGGUCACCCAGACCACGAAGGUCGUCCCCGCGUUGACCAUCGUGCAGGCGCAGCGCUUGCCGAAGAAGUCAGUGCUUUUGCGAUGUACUGCAGAUGUGUCCGGAGGAGCUCAGCAGCUAAGGUCUGAGUCCGAGGAGUCCACAGAGGGCCUGGUUUUGACUCAGAGCUUCGCCUUCACCUCAGCCCAGCUGGCGUGGAAUUCCACUGGCCUGGAUGCCCUUGAGAGCUUGGGGCGCUUGCUGCAGAGGGCCCAGUUGACCCUCAAGGAAGUCAUCAGCUGCUCCUUCUUCGUGAAGGAUCAGAACAAGGUCUUUGAUCUCUUCGGAGGUUUCUUCCAAGUCUUCAACCAGGAGCUGAUGCGAACUGGUUCUCCGCGGGAGAAUCCACCUCCACCAGCUCGAGGUGAAUACGAAGCGCCCAGUGAAUGUGCGGAGUGCCAAGUGGCGGCCAAGUGCGUCGCUGCGCGGAAGGCGCCCACCGACUUGGAGAUGUUGGUGUGAAACCGACGGGCGAAACGAAAAACGGGCCGCCGCGGCGGUCAGAGCAUUGGUCAGAUGAAUGGAUCG